GGCGCCAUUUUUUGAACGAACGUUUGUUUUCACGUUGUCAAUUUCAAUCGUUGUUAGAUUUUCUCUUGUACAUUUCCGUCAUGCCUUCACGGUAUGAUAGCGUGAGAAGUGUUUUUGAAGAAGCCCAGCGUAGUUUUCAACAGCACAAGAUUUUGACGGAGUUGAAAAAACUCCACGACAAGUCCUCUCCGGAUGAAUUUCUGGAAAGUUUCCUGUUGCAUCUGAAACAUGCGAUGGUUGUGUUUAACAGAGAACCUGCUGUUGAAAGGGUCAUCGAGUUCGUGGCCAAGUAUGCAACACUGAAAGAUCACCGUACCUCUCAAACUGAAAAGGAUGGCGAUAGAAGUGAUGGUGAAGAGGAUGAUUACAGCAAUGUUUUCCUUGAUUCCAUCUUUACAUUCUUACUGGACUCGCAUGAUGUUAAAGACAAAGCUGUAAGAUUCCGUGUCUGUCAGCUUAUCAACAAGCUCUUGAAUAACAUGGGUGAUGAUGCUGUCAUUGAUGAUGACCUGGCAGAGAGGAUAUUUGAGAGCAUGUUGAUACGGCUCCAUGACAAGUUUCCUGCUGUGCGAGUGCAAGCUGUUGCAGCUAUCUCCAGGCUCCAGGACCCCUCAGAUCCUGAAUGCAUUGUAAUAUCAACAUACUUAAAACUCAUGUCCAAUGAUUCUAGUGUUGAAGUGCGCAGAACAGUGCUCCUGAAUGUUGCUCUUACUUCUCAGACAUUGGAGGGAAUAAUAGGAAGAACCCAAGACAUGACAGAGUCAGUUCGAAAGUUAGCUUAUCGCACUCUAGCAGAGAAGGUGAACAUCAAAUCAUUUACAAUUGCCCAGCGUGUGCAGCUGCUUUCCAAUGGUCUGCAUGACAGAUCAGAAGCCGUUAAGGAAGUUUGUGCCAAGGAGCUUCUUUACCAGUGGUUGAACAGUUUUGAUGGGGAUGUGGUCAAACUUCUGAAGUGCUUAGAUGUUGAUGGCUGCACAGAAGUUGCAGAACUGGCUUUGAAGACAUUGCUGAAUGGGCUGCCAAAUGAAGACCUUCAAGGUUACAUUGAUUCUUUAAAGAAAGGGCAACAAGGAGGAGGUCCUGUGGAGAUCAGCUAUGAAGUUCUAGAUGCUGAGACAGUAUUUUAUUGGAGAUGUCUUGGAGAACAUUUGAAGUCCAUGGGGGUGAAUGGUGAAGCACUUUUGGAUGAACUUCUACCUGAAGUGUCAGUAUUUUGCAAAUAUAUUCAAGGGUAUGUGGACAACUGUUUGUCCAAAACAUCUUCAGAGGAGUCUGAUCAUUCAAGAAGUCAACAGAACUUUGUUACUAAGCAACUGUUGAUUCUUGUGGGGGUGAUGGACCUCUCUGAUGAAGUUGGAAGAAAGAAUCUUUGCCAGAUGAUCCAUGACUUGUUGGUGCACGCAGAGAUCCAAGAGUCAUUGGUGGAUGUCCUACAUGACAGAUAUAUAGAUGUUCAACCAGAAGAAAGCAGCAGAAUCCAGGAGCUGGUUGAAAUUAUUGCUGAUGUUAGACAACCCAUUGUCAUGAUUGAGACUGCUCAAAACAAGGAGAAAAAACGACUGUGGGAACUAAAGGUUGCAGGAAUGAGCGUCAAACUUAACCAGUUGCGUGACGAAAUGGAACAAUGUGUGAUGGAUCAGGAUUUUGCUAAGGCAGCUGAACUGAAAGAGCAAAUAGCAGAUCUGGGAGGACAGAAGGAAAUACUUGAUUCACAAGAAAACUCCUUUUCCCAGACUAUUAGGGAAGAAAAGGAUGAUCCUGAUACACUGUUGAAGUGUUUAACCAUUGCAUCUGAGAUGUUACAGGGUGUGGCAACAAGUGGACUGAAUCCAACACUUACCACUUUGGUUCAAACUUUGAUUCUUCCUGGUGUUCAGAAUGAAGAUCCCUUAGUGCGUAACAUGGCUGUCAAAUGCUUGGGCUUGUGUGCACUACUUUCUUGUGAAUUUGCACGCACACAUCUUGUACUUUUUCUGCAGGUGGCUCAACUAGAUCAAGAGCUUGUGCGAGCCACUGCUCUUCAGGUUGUUUUUGACCUUCUUCUAAAGUUUGGUCUUGAGGCUUUCAAAGUCAAUGCUUCAGUCCCUGAGAUAGAGGGUGAUGACCCUAGCAUCAAUGGCUCAGAUCAGGACAAAUUAGAGGUGCAGAAUGAUGAAAAUGAAGGAGAUGAAGAUGUCACAGAAAAGAGUGAUGAUGGAGAUGUGGAGGAGACCCAGGCUCCAGACACUGACACUGCUGCGAGUGUGCUUACGAUACUUACAGGAAUUUUAGAAAGUGAGAGCAAUGACCUUAGGAAUGUGGCCGCUGAAGGAUUGGCCAAGCUGUUGCUGUCAGGUCGUGUUCUGAGUGCCAAACUUUUCUCUCGUCUUCUGUUACUGUGGUACAAUCCUACCACUGAGGAUGAUGUCAACCUGCGGCACUGCCUGGGUGUCUUUUUCCCUGUUUUUGCCUUUGCUUCACGCACUAAUCAGGAGCUCAUUGAAGAGGCAUUCCUUCCCACCCUUAAGACAUUAUUCAGUGCCCCUAUGUCAUCUCCUCUGGCAUCAGUUAACAUCAAUAAUGUGGCAGAGUUGCUGGUGGAUUUGACAAAUGCAAAGUACUUAGAAAAGAAAGAAAAAUCACAUAUUGAUGCAAAUGAGGCAUUCAGCAUUCAUGCUUCUCUGAGCAUUGCAAUGGCUAAUGAGAUUUUGUCUUGUCCUGAUGCUCCUGGUGUCCGAGUUCUGUGCAAGGUACUGACUAUGAUGGACUUGACUGGCUGCACACAGUCUACAGUCAAGGAAAUUAAAGUCCUUACAAUGAGGAUGAUAGAGGAAAUUGAAGAGAAUAUGUCCCUGAAAUCAUUGAGCAAAUUAAACAAAAUGCUGGAAACUCUCACAGACAAGGAGAUUGAUGGUGUCUCACAGAAUGAAUCAGAUGAUGACAAUCAGGCAAAUGCUGAGAAAACAGAGGAACCCAAUGAAGACAAACCCUCUGAAGUCCUGAAUGAAAACCAAGCUGACAACAAAUCAAAAGAAACAAAAUCAAGAAGAAAGAGUAAGAAGCAAGCAGGGUCAAAUUCAGUCGCCAGGGACAAAGAGCAUGGCCCCAUUGCUUUGGGCAAGGAAACACCAGCUCGUCAAACAAGGUCAAGCAGAAAAAGCAAGACAAAUGUUAGUAAAAUGGUCAAGUCUGUGAUGGCUUCAGAGGAUGAUGACAGCAAUGAAAAGGAAAAUGUUUCAAGCAUUGACACUGAUGACGUGUUCCUUUAAAUGAUUCACAGAGUUUGCUUGUGCUGCAUCUGCAUGUCACAUUAGUUUACCUUGCAUUUAUUCAUAGCAAUUUGGAUGCUUGUUGUUAGUAGUGAAAAGGGCACUGACGGUUCUUGGUUUUUAAUGUCAAGGUUAAAUAUAUGUUGUGUUCAAUGGUAAAUUGUAAAAAUACUACAAUGUACCAUUAGUAGUAAAACGAACAAAAUAUUGUUGUCUGCAAGAUUUGGUUAAUUUCUUUAGUCUGAAAACUAAUAUCAACACCUUUUUGUAGCAGUGGGAGACAAAUCAAUGUUUUAGGUUAGCAACUUUUGUUAAAAAUCCAUCCAGAAAUAAAAUUCUCCCUACAUGUA